ACAUAUCUUAAAUUUUUCUCCUGGACAUUACAAAAGCAAAAGUUAUCUUCAAUUGUAUUGCAGACACAAAUAUAUAAACAGAAAAUUCAAAAGUGUUGAUUUGAUUUCAGCUAUUUAAUGUUUUGACGUGUAUGACAAUGGCGGAUUCUACGUUUAUCAUAUAUUUUAUAGUAUCAUUGACGUUCAGUUUAUGUCCAGGAGAAACAGAAAAAUUUACUUUGUCUGAACAUGAAUUUUCUCUUGAAAGUGAAGAACCACAGAAGUCUAUGGAUAUUAUAGAUUUUAAUGAAAAUUCAGACGGAUAUCAGCGCUUUAAAUGUCAUAUUUGUGAAGAACCAGAUUGCUUAUAUACCGACAUCUGCUAUGAUGCAGUCACUUGUUGGAAAUCUAAGGUUAGACAAUCUGAUGGUACGGAAAGUGUAAGUAGAGGAUGCACGUCGUCAAUAGAUCAAAUGUUAUUAACGUGCAACAAACAACAACCGCUACGUACAAAUCAAAAUGGUAAUAAUAGAAAGAGACAUGUUACUGGAUCCUCAAAUGGUGUGCAAUAUUAUGUUGAGUGUUGUCAAACAGAUUUUUGUAACGGUGGGCCAUUUCCUGUAUUAGAAGAUUUUAACAGAGAUAAUGUUGAAGAGGAUUAUGCAAUUAAAUUAAUAUUAACUAUUUUGGGUCCAAUGGUUGGAUUCUGUAUUAUUGCUGGAGGAGUGUUGUUUUAUGUAUUGGCAUGUAGAACACAUAGAAAACGGCCAUUGACUACAAGGCAUAGUAAGCUUGUCAUAGAUUCUGAAAUGGAACCGUCUAUUCUGCAUUUUUCAUUUUCAUCUCCAACAUCCACCACUACGUAUCCUUCUCAUGAACUGAGAGCAACUGCAGCUGGCGAUAGCACGUUGAAGGAAUACUUGGAUGGAAGGAGUUUAACCAGUGGUUCUGGAUCUGGCUUACCACUGUUAGUCCAAAGAACAUUGGCUAAACAAGUAGCAUUAGUAGAAUGCCUGGAUAGUGGAGGUAAUGGCGGAUUUGGCGGAGAAGUUUGGAGAGGAAUAUGGCACGGAGAAAAUGUCGCUGUAAAAAUAUAUUUUUCACGAGAUGAAGCAGCUUGGGCACGCGAAACAGAAGUUUAUUCCCAGUUGUUGCCAUCGAGACACGAUAAUAUUCUUGGCUACGUUGGAAGCGACAUGACGAGUAGAGCGAGCUGCACUCAGCUUUGGCUGGUAAUGCAUUAUCAUCCAAUGGGUUCACUUUACGAUUAUUUAAAUCGAUCGCCACAUUCUUUGAUGCAUCAUCAAAUGCUCAGUAUCUGUUUGAGUAUUGUCAACGGAUUGCUUUAUCUACAUACGGAAAUUCAUGGAACCAGAGGAAAACCGGCUAUGGCACAUCGGAAUCUGAAGUCUAAAAAUAUUCUUGUUAAAACUAACGGCAGUUGCGUGAUUGCUGAUUUUGCAUUGGCGGUGACACAAGAUCAACUGUCUACAGAUAGAAUCGAUCUGAAACAAGGGACAAAACGUUACAUGAGUCCAGAAAUCCUCGAACAAACGAUAAGUGUGGAAUGUUUAGAAAACUUCAGACGAGCAGAUAUUUACAGUUUGGGUUUGAUACUUUGGGAGGUUUGUCGAAGGUGCAUAUGUAAUGGCGUUGCGCUCGAAUACAUGGCACCGUAUUCUGAGUGGCUUCCUAGUAAUCAAGAGCCGUCCAUUGAUGAAAUGCGAAAAUUAGUGUGUUUGGAUCAUCAUAGGCCACCUCUUCCUAAUAGAUGGCAUUCUGAUCCCACGUUGGCCGGUUUGGGAAAAUUAAUGAAAGAAUGUUGGCAUGGGAAGUCAGCAGCACGUUUACCUGUUCUUCGAGUGAAGAAAACACUUGUUAAAUUAGCAGCUAACGAUACGCGUGUUCAUUUGCCCCUUGAUUAAAUAGCAUGUAUAAAAUUAUGUAUUAUUUUACGCGCGUAUUUAUUAGUACUAAGUAAAUAAGUUCUUU